AUGCCGACUCUGUUGAUUUCCAAUUUCAAUAUUGCCUGUGCCGUCCUUGGCGGGUUCAUCACCCUGUUUGGCCUGGUCAGCUAUCUGUUUAAGGAGCGUUUCUACCUCUCCGAAGCAUUAAUCUCUCUCGUCGCCGGGGUCAUCUUCUCACCUCAUGCCACCAACUUUGUCAAACCCCUCGAAUAUGCGGGUGGUUCGGUCGAGAAUCUCGACUACAUCACUCUCUACUUCACCCGCCUCGUCUUGGGGGUUCAGCUGGUUCUGGCCGGGGUCCAACUGCCCAGUCGGUACCUGAGGACUGAAUGGAAGUCUCUUUCCCUCCUCCUGGGACCGGGCAUGACCGUCAUGUGGCUGUGCGCCAGCUUGAUCAUCUGGGCCAUGGUCCCUCAUCUUCACAUUCUUCAUGCACUGGCCUGCGGGGCCUGCGUCACCCCGACUGACCCCAUCCUGUCCAACUCGAUCGUUAAAGGCAAGUUCGCGGACAAAAACAUCCCCAAGCCUCUGCAGAAAAUCAUCAUUGCCGAAUCCGGCGCCAAUGACGGCCUCGGCUACCCUUUUCUGUUCCUCGCCCUGUAUCUGAUCAAAUACACCCAGAUGGGCGGCGCGGGACAAUCGGGUGGCACGAGCAAGGCAAUGGGCUACUGGUUUGGCGAGACAUGGGGUUACACCAUCCUCCUCAGCGUCGCCUACGGAGUGGCGGUGGGAUGGAUUGCGAAAGAACUUCUUCACCGGGCCGAGGAGAGGAAAUUUGUCGACCGUGAGAGCUUCCUGGUGUUUGCCAUCACCCUUGCGCUUUUCAUCACCGGCACAUGUGGCAUGAUAGGCUCGGAUGAUGUCUUGGCUUGUUUCGUGGCAGGGAACGCCUUUACAUGGGACGACUGGUUCCGGAUCGAAACGGCGGACGACUCUCUGCAACCGACCAUCGACAUGCUGCUCAACAUUUCCGUCUUCCUUUGGUUCGGCGCCGUCUGUCCCUGGGCCAGCUUUCGAUCCAACGACGUCAUCCCCAUCUGGCGACUGAUCUUCCUGGGCAUCUUGAUCCUCCUGUUUCGCCGGCUUCCCGUCAUCUUCGCCAUGCACAAACACAUCCGUGAGAUCGAGGAAGUCCACCAGGCCGCGUUUGUCGGCUUCUUCGGCCCCAUUGGCGUGUCGGCCAUCUUCUAUCUCUACGUCAGCCUCGACUUCCUGAACCAGAUCACGGUCAAUGGGGAAGUGCGGGAGGAUGCUCGGCGGCUUGGGGACGUCAUGCGUGUGGUGGUCUGGUUCUUAGCCAUCUGCAGCAUCGUGGUGCAUGGACUUUCGGUGCCGUUGGGUAAACUCGGCUAUCACCUGCCCAGGACCAUGUCUCAAGCACUGAGCACCGAGAGAGAUGAAGAUGAGCCUGACUUGUCGAUCCACCACCACCAUCAAGCUGGGAUCAACCUUCGUCGCAGGAAGAACUUGGGCAACUUGGGCCACAGCGACCAUGCUCCCAGCACUGGACCAUUUGCGAUCGGCCGACGAAACGGCCAGCGGGGCGAGGGUGUGGAAACUCCACCGGAGCCUCAUCGACCAGUCCACUUUAUCGACACCCCACCGCCGGGGACGCAGACCCCUGUCGCGAGAGAGACGAGUGGAGAGGGCUCAGGAGUGGCUGAACAGCAGCAUGCCGAAAGGGGCUAUUCAAUGUAG